GGCGUCCUUUAUGAGAAGGGUUAGCCCUUCCGGACCAUUCUCACGCCCGUGCAAGAAGGCCACGUGUCACGAGGUCAGGUGUUACUUAAAGAUGAAAGCACUGACUGGGAAACAAAGUUGGUGGCAGUGGGGAUGGCUGAGGCUGAAUUUCCCGGCUCCAACGAUGGAGGCCGCCUGAGUACUUCCAAAUUCCAGAUCAUGUAAGAUUACAUCAUUAUCCCAUUCGUCCUUUCUCAGACUUCUUUCCAACCAUUUCGGACUCAUAAUACCAAUCUACACCUUUGACCUGCUUGCUAAUUUCGAGACUUUCAGCAGUCGUUCUUUCAGUAGUCAAGUUCUUCUCAACCACCAUGAGCGUGGAUCUAAAUAAAACUGCCUCCAAUGGUCGUGAGAAAAUGUUAACAUCACAGGAGCAACAGGCAAAGAUUAAUGAGGCGAGACGGCUGAUAGGACCAUUGUCAGGUAGGUCAUCUGUUUAUUGUUCUGAUGCAUCCAUCUCCAGGCAUUUAAGAGCAAGAAAUUGGAACGUCAAGAAGGCAGUAAAGAUGUUGCGACAGACCUUAAAAUGGAGAGCUGCUACUAAACCAGAAGAGAUCCGAUGGGAAGAGGUUGCUCAUGAAGCAGAAACAGGAAAGAUCUAUAGAUCCAACUACAUUGACAGGCAUGGGAGAACAGUUCUUGUAAUGAGACCAAGCCGCCAGAAUUCUAAGUCAACUAAAGAGCAGAUUAAAUAUUUGGUAUACUGCAUGGAAAAUGCUAUUUUAAAUCUUCCACCAGACCAGGAACAGAUGGUCUGGCUAAUUGAUUUCGAAGGUUUCAAUUUGUCAAAUAUAUCAGUCAAGCUGACUCGCGAAACUGCCCAUGUAUUACAAGACCAUUAUCCAGAGCGGCUGGGUCUGGCAAUACUUUUCAACCCACCCAAGUUCUUUGAACCAUUUUUCACGAUGGUAAAGUCCCUGUUGGAGCCUAAAACAUAUAAUAAAGUCAAGUUCGUUUACUCUGAUGACCAAAACACCAAAAAAAUUGUGGAGGAUCUAUUUGACAAGGACCGUCUCGAGUGUGCAUUUGGUGGGAAUGAUGUUAGAGGUUUUGACAUAAAUAAAUAUGCUGAGAGAAUGAAAGAGGAUGAUCAGAAGAUGCCCUCUUUUUGGACAAGGGCGGACUCUCCAUCCGCUGACCCACAGGCUGCUCCUUCUCUUGAUUCCAUCAAGUUAGGCCCUCAUGCUGAUGCUUCUGACAAGAAGACCACCGACGGUACACCUAAAGAAGAGUGAAAUGCCGUGGGAGAUGUGUCUUCGAAUGAGAAAUUUCAUUCGCCGAGCCUUUCUGAAGGUUUGCUGACUGCUGAGUCAUCCCUAUUGCAGCACGAUUCUCUAACGUUCCAGUUUGAAACUUGUAGUGUAGAGACCUACUUUCAAAUUUAUCUUCUUGACUUUGUAAUGACAAAUGAUUUUACCUUGUGGAUUGAAGAUGCUGCUAAUCUUCUAAACGUUUCGAUCGAAUUUAUGUAUCAAGCUGUCAUGUGCUUCUAUUGGAGCGAACAAUC